AUGUAUUCCGUGGGACUUGUAGGUGGCUAUGGUGCCCAAAUUCCUAGGCACUUGUCAAAUAACACACACAAGAAAGCCUGGUUUGAUUUGGGUGUGGACCUACAUGAGCCUCAACAAUCCCGUGGACUCGUGUGGGACCCGCUGUGGGCUGGACUCAGGAGACUCGAAGCUAUUAUUUUCUCCCUUUCCCAACUCUCCUCUGUUAUUGUUCUUGUUUUUUGUUUUGUUGUUUCUAUGAAUUUUUGA